UAGUUCUGUUUACUCACUCAAAAUUACCGCGCAUCAGAAGAAAACAAAGACCGACUUCGAACAGAAACAGAACAAAGGACCCGCCCUUGAGGUUUAUGAUCGUCAAGCAAGAUUAACGUAUGUUCUCUGCCUCUUAUGUUAAUUUUUUUUAACUAGUAAUCACUGAUUCAUUGGUUGACUAAGUAAAAAGGAGAAAUAUAUGUGGCAAUUAGAAUAAGUUAUUCUUUAAUUUUGUUGAUCAAAAAAUCGAUAUAUCAAUAACGAUUUAUAAUCCACAAUUAUGGAAAUAUCUCCCAGAAAAUCUUCAAAACGAACGCAAGAACAUGUAGAUGAAUGGUUACAAAGCCAAGGAUAUUUUCGAAAGCAUAUUCCUAGGGACCCAACUUGUUUGUUUAGAGCUGUUAGCGAACAAGUUUAUUUAACACAAUACUAUCAUAUACGAGUAAGAAAAGAAUGCGUAGAAUUCAUGCGACAAAAGAAGCAUUUAUUUGAAGAGUCUAUAACAAUUCCAUUUGAUAAUUACCUAGAACAAAUGGCAUGUUUCACAGAAUCAGGUGGUCCGAAUGAAAUUCAAGCUAUAUCUUUGCUUUACAAAAAAGAUAUAAUUUUGUUUAAUGGACAGAAACAAACGUGUAAAUCAGUGACUAAUAAUGGUUUUACAAAUCAUAUAUAUUUAUGUCAUACGCCACAGAAACAGUAUGAAAGCGUAUAUAAUAAAAAUUUUGUUAUGGCUGCUGGCUUUUGUCAAUCUAUUAUGUAUCAAAUUCUGUAUAAAAAUGUAUUUGAUAUGAAAAAUGUGGAUAAUACUGUUCACAAAAUGCUACAUGAUCGAAGUUCUACCCUGAGACAUGAUAAAUUUUUCUUGAAAGGAAAUCUCGAGAUAAGAGAACAGUUGUCUGCAGAAAUAUAUAAAAGAAUUGAAAAUGGCUGUGAGACAACAGGGGAUAUGUACUGUUUCUCCAAAGGUGUACCACCGUUCCCUUAUAGAGUUGCUAAAGCUAUUGAUGUUAAUAUUUAUAGAAAUAUUGACUUCGAUGUAUGGCAUGAAAUUAGACGAGAAAUAAAAAAUGCUGGUUGGACAAGAUAUAACAGUAAUGGUCUCCAAAUUGGAGAUAAAUGUUUAAUUGAAAUGAACUUUAAUAAAAAUGACUUGGAUGGAAUUAAUAUUAAUACAAGAGCCACUUCAGAGGACAAUCAAGGUUGUAAUGAAACAAAGACAUUACAAAAAAAAUCGGAUCAAAAUCCUGCAAUCUUUUGUGGACAUAUUCAAGAAAUAAGUAAAAACGAAGGUUCCGUAGUAGUAUUUGUAGAAGAACUUGGAGAAAAAAAGACUGUACCAUAUUCUUCUCUCAAACCAUUAUCCUUACGAAAAAAUAAGCAGAGCAAUUGGGCACCAACAUGUAAAAAAAAUGUCCAGCUGAUUGAUUCCAAUCAAAAAUAUAAGAAAUCUUCUAAUGCUAGUUCAAACAAAACAAAAGAACAAAUAAAUCGUAUGGAUUCUACAUCUACUAAUAAUCCUGAAAAAAAUCUUGAUAAUAACAAGUGUUCCAUUACUACCAGUAACACUUGUAUUUCUGAUACUACUAAUGUGACUACUCCUUUAUUAACUACCAGCACUGCGGCACCUGUUAUGAUAAUUACUAAUAAUAAUGACAAUAAUAAUGAAAAUAUAAAAAGAGAAGAUUUUUCAGAGUGUCAAUGGCAAAGACAAGAAUGUAGGAAUAAUCAAAAUCAAGGUCAAGUGCUUGGGGAAAAUACAUUGGGAAAAUUACAAAAUUAUACUACAAAUAAUAAUACUUUUCAAUUUCAUGGACAGGGUGAUAUGGAUGAAAAUACAACAAAAGAUAGUAGAGAAGAUAAUUCACAAGUUGUAACCGGAACUUCAUCAUUAUAUUAUGUUGCUUCGGAUGGUAAUUCCUAUCCUGCUGUUUCGUACGUGCCUGGUUAUACAGGUGAAUUAAUACCUGCUAAUCAAAUGAAUCGAACAUUACGAAAUGUUAAUAAUUUGACUCAAAAAGGUAUGGAUUUAAAUAGCUGUGAUUUACCAUUGUCAGAUCCAGCUACAUUAAAAUUUUUCUAUAAUUUAGGAUUAGAGUAUUUCCGCGUCAAUCAUGCAUGGAACUAUGGUCCUAAUGGACAGUCAGCACCUCCGGAAUCUUGGUGUAUAGCUGUUCCAUCUAUUGCAUCAUCAAAUACAAAUGCAUCUCAAAAUAUGGAAGAAGUACAGAAUAUUAACACGUGCAUACCAGAAAAUGAAAAACCAAUAGAACAAAAAGAAAAUACUGACAAUAAUGCGAACAAUACUAUUAUCCCACAACUGGCACAGAAGACAAUGAAUAUGUGCGUAAAUAAUGUAACUGACUUACAAAAAGACAAGUUAAAAAAGAUGGAAAAUGGAAGGAAUACAUCACAGUUUGCUCAGGAGAAUAUUAAAGAUACAGAGAAUGUCAAUAAAGACAAACAACGAGCUAAUAAUACAGCACCACGAUUUAAAAAAAAUACACCUAAAGAUCAACAUUAUAAUAACUGCGAACAAAUGUAUCCGUACAAAAAGAAUUUUUCUAAGCAAUAUCAACACAACCCCUCGUUUUGCGAAUCUCAAAAUGUUCCAAAUUUACAAAACGGUGAUAUGCAAACACCUCUUGUCAAUACUGUUUUAAAUCAAGUACAUGUACCUCCUGGAAUGCCAAAUUCUUGUCAUAUACCUUAUAUGCAGCAAUCACCAUAUCCAAAUAUACCAUAUUGCGAGAAUGAAAUAGAUACAUACGGAGGCUCGUAUUACUUGUCUCAAGGAGGCUUCCCUAAUAUUACUUGCAUCCCAAAUUCUGAUGUCGUGGAUGCAAAUAAUAUGCAUUCCUUUUUACCAUAUUUCUAUCCAAGUGCAGAAACAUAUCCUCCAGCUUAUCCAUCUGUAUAUUCACCAUAUAUGCAUCCUCAACAGACAGCAGCAUAUGGUGGUUUACCGCCGCAAAAUAUACACGAUUCAUGGUAUUCGGUUCCAGAGCAACAUUACUAUCUUCAAUAUGGUCCUGUUCCAGUUCGAACAGCAGAGCCUUCUGGUGAAAUAGGACAGAGUAAUAAUUCAAAUUCAUCGACUUAAGCUAGUACAUUCAUCAUAAAACAAUCUUUACAUUCUUAUAAAAAUAUUAAAACUUA